AUGCUGAAUAACCAACCGCCGGCUCAAAGAGGAGGCGAGUCUUCCAGUACGACGACGACGGUGGAGUCUACUCCACAACCACCACCAGUUUUGCAUCUUCGGCCCAGUGAAGAUUCUUCUAAUCAAGAUAAAAAGAAGAAGAAGAAACCUCGUGUAAGAUGGACCGAAGAAGUUGUGGAUAAUGAACAUAUGAAUAAGAAGAAGACUAAGAUUUGUUGCAUAUUCCACCCCCAGAGAGAAUUCGGAGAGCUGUCAUCGGAAUCAUCAAGUGAUUCAUCUAGUGAUUCGAGUGAUUCGUCCGGUGAUGAAGGUAGUGAACGGAAAGAAGAACAGCAUGAUUGCUGUGAUCAUAGUCAUAGAAGUAAGAAGAAGAAGUCGAAACAACGGUCUUCAAGUCCCAAUGCUUACGAGAAACAGCCUCAUUAUACGAAUAUGAGUAAAGUACCUCCAGAAAGUAAAUGA